GGGGCUCGGCGGCACACAAUGAGCGCGCCGGGCCGGGCGGCUGCGGUGCGGGGACAGCCAGGCACGGCAGGGCGCACCAUUCCCCGCGCCGUCCCCAGCAACAAAGGGGAAAGACUCCAGUCCAGCUCCCAGACAAAUCUGCACCGGGUUUGAAAAAUCACUCGGACCUGCCGAAGUAAAACCUUAACAAGCACAACUGCCUUUUGAAUCAAAGUCUGCAGGUUUGCAGGGAGCAGGCUGAGGAGGAGCACGGGCAGAGAUGGCUCGUAGGGGGCUGGGUGCCCCGGGUGUGCCCUGAGCUUGAGACACGAGGAGAAAGCAGUGAGGAUCAGCACCAGCCCUUUGGACAACAGGCAACUCGGCAGACGAUGUCCUAUCAAGAUGAAUAUGGCUCAUUCAAGAAUUAACUCUCUACUCAUCUUCUACCUCAGUUUUUUGCUGCUCAUCCAUUUAAAAAAAUCACUUUGCAUGAGGAAUGAUUCCAGGUGCCUGUCAAACUCUUGCCAAAAGAACUCGACAUGUGUUGCUGGCCAUAAAGAUGACCCUUGCCUUUGUGCAGAUGCAUCAGUGGACAGUGUGGAGGAACUCUGCAAUAAAACCUCCAACCCCUGCUCCUCGAACCCUUGUCUCCAAAACGCUACCUGCCUAGGCUCUGCUGGAAACCUCAGCUUUACCUGCGAGUGCCCUGCUGGGUAUGAUGGACCUACCUGUGAUAGAGCUGACAGUGCCUGUGACACAAACCCAUGCGAGCACGGGGGCACCUGCCAAAGCGGCCUGGCCGGGCCCAGCUGCCUCUGCAGGGCGGGGUACACCGGGACGCUCUGCGAGAUGGAUCUGGAUGAGUGCACCUCCGAGCCGUGCCGCAACGGAGCGCUCUGCAGGGACGGCGUGGACGAGUAUUCCUGCUUCUGCGUCCCAGGCUACCAGGGCAAGCACUGCGACCUGGAAGUGAAUGAAUGCGCCUCAGAUCCGUGCCUGAACGGGGCAACGUGUCUCAACCAGAUAGGGCACUAUGACUGCCUCUGUCCCCUGGCCUACACAGGUACAAACUGUGAACUGGAAAUCGAUGAGUGCUUGUCCCAGCCAUGCCUGAAUGGGGGGACCUGCCACGAUUCCCUGGGGAGUUUCUCCUGCUCCUGCACGCAGGGUUUCCUCGGGGACCUCUGUGACACCGACAUCGACGAGUGCUCCAGCCAGCCCUGCCUCCACGGGGGACACUGCACGGACGGUGCCAACGGGUACAGCUGUAACUGCACCGGCACUGGAUUUAUGGGCUUGCACUGCGAGACCCUCACUCCCUUAUGUUGGUCACAACCAUGCUACAACAACGCCACUUGUGAGGACCACGCUGACAAUUACACAUGCCACUGUUGGCCAGGGUACGCGGGCUCCCGCUGCGAGGAGGACAUCGCCGAGUGCCGCAGCAACCCCUGCCUGUCCGGCGGCCACUGCGUGGAGCGCUCCUGGGCCGGCCACUACGGGCUGGUCCCGGGGCUGCCGCCGGCCUUCCGCUACGACCGGGCCGAGGGCUACAUCUGCCGCUGCCCGCCGGGCUUCGCCGGUACUCACUGUGAUGAAGACGUCAAUGAAUGUUACACGAACCCUUGCCAAAAUGGUGGGAUCUGUGAGAAUUUUCCUGGAAAUUACACUUGCCAUUGCCCACCUGCAGACAAAGAAGGGAUUUUUUAUGGUGGCUGGAACUGUACAGAAGUUUUACAUGGCUGUACUGAUCAUCAAUGCCAAAACAAUGGAAUAUGUAUCCCACAUUUAAAAAACGGCCAACACGGAUUCAGCUGCAUAUGUUCACCUGGGUAUACUGGAAUGCACUGUGAAACCAUAACGACGUUUUCUUUUCAAGGAAACAGUUUCCUUUUGUUGAAGAAUCCCCUGACCCAUAAAAAGGAUUUUUUCUAUAAUAUAAACCUGAGGUUUCAAACUGUGCAACCCACAGCUUUUCUGUUUCACCGAGGGGAGAAAGAUACAUUUGCAAAGUUGGAGUUACUGAAUGGCUACUUACACUUAUCCGUGCAAGUCAAUAAUCAGCCACAGGCUCUUUUGCGUAUCCCACACAAUGUCAGUGAUGGAGAAUGGCAUUCAGUGGAGGUAACCUUGGCAAGAGCUGUUAUUCUUAAUUUGCUUGACAGCUCUUGUGUAGAAUUGUGUCUCAAUAAAACAUCUGCUAAGAUAGAUAACGAGCCGGUGAUGUUCGCGUUUCAGAGCACGUUUUUGGGCGGCUUACCAGUGGGGAACAGCAACCCUCUACAGAACACCUUUAAUACACAUUCUACACCUUCAUUUGUAGGCUGUCUCCAGGAUAUUGAGAUAGACUUGAAUGUUAUUACUCCAGAGAAUGUAUCAUCUGGGUCAUCUUUAAAUGUCAGGACAGGAUGUGCUAAAAAGGACUGGUGUGACCCCCACCCAUGCCAGAACAGGGGACGCUGCAUCAACCUGUGGCUGAGCUACCGCUGUGACUGCUACCGGCCCUACACAGGGCCAGGCUGUGCAACAGAGUACAUUCCAGGCCGGUUUGGAUCUGAGGACUCCUCAGGCUAUGCUGCUUUUCCUGUUGAUUCCACUCAGAAUGAGAACCUCAUCAUAUCAAUGUUUGUCCGAACACGCAAACCUUCUGGCUUGUUACUGGCUCUGAGAAACAGUACUUACCUCUACAUAAGAGUCUAUUUGGAAGGUGGGAAACUCACCAUGCUAGCUCUAAAUUCCAUGAAGUUAUUAGGGAAAUACUCCGUGAACGAUGGAAACUUUUACUUAAUAACAUUAAAAAUAGAACCAAAUAAGAUGGAGUUGUUCCAGUCCUCUCACUACCUAGGCUUUAUUUCUACUCCAACACUAACCAUCCAAAGUAAGGAUAUUCUUUACAUUGGAGGCCUACCAGAUAAGAAAGAAACUGAUAGAAAUGGCAGGUAUUUCAAAGGCUGUAUCCAAGAUGUACGGGUGAAUAACCAGCCACUGGAAUUCUUCCCCAUCACCAAUCCACUGAAUUCUCUUAUCAACCGAACUCUGAUCAACGUCACCCAAGGCUGCACUGGUGACAACCUCUGCAAGUCCAACCCUUGCCACAACGGUGGUGUGUGCUAUUCAAUCUGGGAUGACUUCACUUGCGCGUGCCCCCCUAACACAGUGGGGAAGGCAUGUGAGGAAGUUAAAUGGUGUGAGCUUGGGCCCUGUCCUCAUGAAGCACAAUGCCAGCUGGUGCACCAAGGAUUUGAAUGUCUUGCUAACGCGGUGUUCAGCGGCCGGAGCAGCGCGGUAUUUUACAGAAGCAAUGGGAAAAUCAGUAGAGACCUCACCAAUAUCAUCUUUGGCUUUCGAACCAGGGACACUGACGUGAUCCUGCUGUAUGCAGAGAGGGAGCCUGAGUUUGUCGUUAUCAGUAUCCACAACUCCAAACUCCUGUUUCAAUUGCAAAGUGGCAACAGCUUCUACAGGCUGACCCUUGCGAGUUCAGUGCCUGUGAGUGAUGGCAAAUGGCACCAAGUGAUGGUCUCCAUGGUGGAGCCCCUGUCCCAGUCCUCCAGAUGGCACAUGGAUAUAGACAACAAGAAAGACACAGUAACCAGCACAGCUGCUGCAGGAAGCCUCAACUUUUUAAGAGAAGAGACAGACAUCUAUGUGGCUGACAAGGCUUUCGACAGCCUGGAUGGCCUGCGAGGGUGUAUGAGCACCAUAGAAAUCAGUGGCAUUUAUCUCUCAUACUUUGAAAAUGCUGACGUCCCUACUAAAAAACCUCAAGAGGAGCAAUUUCUCAAAAUAUCUGCAAACCCCGCUUUUACUGGGUGUUUGCAGGUAGAUUUCUGCAGCUCAGACCCCUGUAUGCAUGGGGGGAUAUGUGAAGACUUGUACACUUCCUACCACUGUGUAUGUCCCGAUGGGUGGACUGGCAGCUACUGUGAAGUCAACAUUGAUGAGUGCUCUUCAAACCCCUGCAUUCAUGGGAACUGCACAGAUGGGAUUUCCUCCUAUGGGUGCAGCUGUGAGCCUGGUUACACAGGAGAGAACUGUGAAGAGGACAUAGACGAGUGCCAUGGCCACCAGUGUGUGAAUGGGGCCACUUGCGUUGAUGGGGUUAAUGGCUACUCCUGCCUGUGUGCUGCUAACUUCACUGGGAGGUUUUGCAGAUAUCGAAGAUUACCUUACACAGUUUGUGGGAAUGAAGAGAGGAACCUCACCUGCUUCAACUACGGCAACUGCACCGACCUUGACGGCGAGCUGACCUGCGUGUGCCUGCCGGGCUUUCUGGGAGAACGGUGUGAGAAGGACAUUGAUGAGUGCAGCUCUGACCCGUGUCUGAAUGGGGGCCUCUGCCAGAACCUCCUCAACAAGUUCCACUGCCUGUGCGACGUGAACUACGCUGGCGACCGCUGUGAGAUCGAUCCCAAGACUGAAUGCCCAAUGUUGACAACACCAAGACAGUAAGUUUCAGCUGCCAGCCUCAGGAGUGUGGCAAAAUGAACAAGUAAAGCUGGGUAAGUCAACUGAACCUGACAAAUGCUGCCAGCCUGAGUUUCACCUGCUGCUCCUUCCCAGGUCCCCAAGAGCUGAGGGGGCCCCUGGUGCCUGAAAAGCUUAUUCCAGCUGUCCCAACCUGCAGGGAGGGAGGAGAAGGUCUCACCCAGCGUGGGGGUCAGCUCCAGGCUCUCCUCGGAUGGUGUCACAGAACAUCCCAGAGCUUCAGGCAGCAAGGUCAGGCCAAGUUACUGGGGAGCAUCAGGCUGGUGUCUUAAUGAGAAGCAUGUCUGUACCUGCUGUGACUUUUAUCCUCCCCAGAGCUCUUGCAGCCUAUUGAAAAAGACUGGUGUGGCCAGUAAAACAUUUUCUAAAUGACACCAUUCUCUGAAAUGCCCUGUUCUAUUUCCACUGCGGGUCAGCUGCCUCAAAUGAUACAACCUCAGGAAAUCAGAGGGGUUUGAAACCACUCACUAGCAUGUUCUAACAUCAUACUGAACCCAGCAGUGCUUGAGGACCAGUGGAGAGAGGACUGAGUCCCUGUUCACAAGUGAUGCCCUCAGCUUGCAGCACCUACGGUCAGCGUAGCCAGCCCAUGAUAUUCCUGCUGGCAUUCUUCCUCAAGCAGGGAGCAAGCCCUGGGGCAGCAGAACUGUCAAAGAGCAGAAGCCAACUCUCACCUGUCAGCUUUCCUGAGGCUCCCAAGAUCUAGACAGGGAGCAGGCUGUUGGAAGGAAAUAAACACUCUGGGCUAUGUAACUUACAUCCUGCAAGGCUGCUUGUUGCUGGAAGCAUAAAGGGCAUUUCCUGGUACUUCUGAUUUUCUCUCUGUAGUACCUUACUAAGUUGAGAAAACCCUCAUCAUGGCAACUAUUUGUACAGCACAGAUAAACUUGUUACAGUCUGAUGGUAGGCUAUUGAAAUAAGAUUAUUUCAUCAACUGAAGUAAAUUUUUACUUUUCUUAGCCUAGCAGAAUCAGUGUAACUGAGCUGGGAAAAAGCUGGAGUUUAUUUGUUUUCACAUCAUUUGCGUGGCUGUAGAUCACCCACCGUGGCAGAAUCAUUACCAUUGAUGGUAGGAGCCAGAGAGCGCUCAGCUUUAUUCCAGUGCCAGGUCGAAUGUGGGGUAAGAAGAAACAUCUUUAGAUUUAUAAAAUGAGCAGCUCUGCUCUGGAAGUCAUUGGAAACGUCACAAUGCCAUUUCUGCCAUUGUUUUUCAGAGCAGAACAACGCCUUAAUACCCUUUGCUAUUUUGUAUUAGUCUGCCUUCAAAACACAGGAUUUAACUAAAACUUCUAAAAGGAUGUUGCACGAAACACAUUUAAUGUGUGUCAAAACAUAAGGUACAAAAACAUUAGGAUGCAAAGACAAUAAGGUUAUCUAAUGUGUCUUAGCUGGGAAAGACAUGAAAGCUCUUCACAAGGCCAGGAUUGCUGCACGCAUCAGUGAAAAGCAGUUGAAUAUUUAAUGUGUGUGGUAAAUAUAAGCAGAAAAGGGAGCCCAGAUGACAUAUGACAGCAUAACACUCUGCAGAACAGGAAUCAGCUCAAGCAUGGUGUUCACAUAACACCUGAGUAUUCAGACUAACACAUUUUGCCUGUACACCAUCCUUUCUGUUGCAAUGGCAUUGUCUUCCCUAUUCUCACCUUCUGAUGUUUUCCCUGUGGACCCACAUCCACAUCACAUGGGCAUUUACUUCAGUCAUUGCUCACUUUAUAACACAUUCAUGCACUCCAUGCCUGUGUUGUUCAGAUACUAAAUUUUAUGUCAUUUUUUUUCUUGUAUGGUUCAUGAGACUUAAUGUUCUGUCUAUUUUUUCAGUUCUUGAUAUGAAGCUCCAUUCCUAAUAACAUCUGAAAAAAAUUACACACUUUACUAGGCUUAUGGAAUGUUAUUCCACUGAAAAGGAAUAAAAAGAAUUUGUGUUCCUGA